AUGUCCUCGUUACCAUUCCUACUGCUGCUAUGCUUUUACGGGUUACACCCGCAGGCAUUUGAGACCACUGUGUGCGAUUGUUCGGAACCGAAGAAUAUGGGAAUUAUUCAAUUUUCCGAUUCAAACUGCAAACCGGAAACAAACAAUACCGAUACUGUGCAAGUGAAAUACACCGUUUACAGUGAUGAACGUGCCGCGGUGAAAUUUCCCGGUUUUAUUUGCGCACAGUGGAUAAACAUUCGCCGUAUUACGAAGACCUUUUUCGGCCAAUUAGUGAUCGUGCCGGACAAAAUUUCUAUUGAUACGACGCCAACCGAGUGCUACGACAUGAUAAACAAUAAAAGGUGUGGUGAACAUCAUAUGACUUUAUCGGACAACAAAUAUGUUUUUGGACGUGAUCCGGAAAUUGUCGGAUACUGGUUACAAACAAUCGAUUCGGAAAUUCUGAAUUGUGUGCUCGAACAAGUUCAGCUCUUUCAACAAAUGGAAGAUGAAGAUUUUUCCACACCUAUCGGCAAAGCUUCCGCAAAAUCUGGUAACUUAUCCCACAAUCACCUGACACUUGUCUGGGACAAAACAAAUUGGGAGAUGAAAAAAUAUUUUCGUCUUUUGGAUGAUCGCCGCCAACUGGAUUUCCAUUUAACUCCUCAGCCACCUUGCGUUCCAACUCAACAACACUGCUCCAACCGUACUACAGUCUUUAACAUCGUCGGCCAAUCAAAAUUGUCCCUCGUAACGGCGGCCAUCAUGGAAAAAUUUCCGCCAAUCACCGUAGAGACUCCCGCGCCAUCUAGCGCUGAAGAUUUAGACAAAGCGGCAAAUAAACAAUAUAUUCAAGACCGUGUUACCGAUCGUGAAAAUGAAUUAGUGCGUAUGAUUCAAAGGUUAGAAUGUGAUGCCCGGAAAGCAAAACAUGAAAGAGCAAUUGCAGCCGCUCAGUAUAACGGUUGGCUUGCCGCUUCACAUUUAAAAUUACCACAGUGCACGAAAUUACAAGCUUUCGGACAAACUGCUGUUGUGGUUAAGUGUAACUCAGUGAACGUCACAUUUGAAACUGUAAUUACGUCAUGCGGACCACAGCCAAAAUUCAACAAUUAUACCAUUAAUCUCGAUGGCUGGGAAUUAGUUAAAUAUUCCCCAUGCUAUUGGACCAACGGAUUCGUUAACUUCAACGAUAAGCCUUACGCUUUUCGCAACAACACCUGGAAAAGAGUUGACGCUAACAUGGUAUUGCCGGAACAAACGCUGGCACAUUCCUUCCGUUAUGACGACGUCAAAUUCUUCGAUUAUGAACAUCGUGCUAACCCUGCUUACAACGACAACCUAUUUAACCACAUGAAUGUCAUGGCUGAUAUAGUAGCCGCCAUGAAUGAACAUCCACCGACCGAAUUUUCGUUGAAUCACCAGCCCAGCGCAUCAAGUGUGUUAGUGACAGCCGCUGGAGUAAUACAUUAUACCAGCUGGUGGGAGACCAUUAAAAUGUGGUUCUUCAUCAGCAUAUUCUGUAUUCUCGGCCUAGUCAUCUUACGUAUCUGCUGCUGGUUGGGUAUCUUUAGAUAA